GGCGUUUGGUCUGUCAACCCUUGGUGGGGCCCUUGUCUCCUACAUUCGUUAUCCGGACACACACGAGGAGGGUACGCUUUUCUGAGGGGGCAAACCUUUUAUCUUGUGGCUCCUCGAGCCAAGAAAACACUGGCUUGGGGAGGUAAGCUUGGAGAGAUGCUCUUUGAUGGGUCAGCCAUGGAGCUCGUACGCCUCCUCGCCGUCCCUGUUCAGCCGCAGAAUCCCCCCGAGAAUCCCCCCGAGACAGCCUCUACACCGGCACAGACGCGGAAUGGCCGCUGCAUUACCACCCGAAUGGCAUCGCACAGUGCGGCCAAGGACAUGGAUGGGAUGAAGAAGCGCCCGAAGCGUAAAGCGGACAGCGAAGUCAACAGCUCCUCACAAUACCACAAGGAAGCAAAAACCAAAGACGGCGAUAACAGGGCCGACACCGAUAACUACUCCGUUAUCGGCCAUCACUCCGUCAUCGACCGCCCCGUCACCUUUUCCACGCUUCCUCCCGAAGUGCAUCGACUCAUCUUUACUUGCAUCGAAUGCAUCGAAGACGUGUUUCGCCUCGGUCUCGCGAAUCGGUAUUUCUGGUCGAUCGGUCGAGAACGCAUGCACGACUAUUACGCUUCGUUCCUCGGACGAUGGGCCAGCGAGAAUAUUGUAUGCGUGGGAGAAGAUGGCAAGCCGGGCGACUAUCCUCCCGGCCUGUUUUCGGCCGAAGAGCUAGACGUAUUGCGUCAAAAGACGAGCGAUAUACCUUACGACUGGGACGAUGACGACUAGGACAAGCAUGUGGCAUUUGCGGAUGAGCCGUUCACGCUUCACCACUUCACUUUUCCUAGUAUUUCAACUACGGAACAAGACGUCUGUCUGUCCGGCAAGUCGAGGACUUUGGCUGGCCACUUCUCCGACUUGGACAUCUCCAAGGAUCCCGCUUUCGAUUGUAUAUGUUCGGAGAUGUUGGUCAAAGAGGAGACCUACUUCCCCCAAGACCAGCAGUGGAUUCUUCGAAACUUGACGAAGCAGUUCGUCCGCUCGGAAGUCAUCGCCCUGAAGCCAGAGUUCAUUCGCGGCCC